GGGAAACUGCUUUCCCUGUGGGCGAGGCAGCUUUGCUAGUGGUGACGAGAGAGAGAGACAGGCAGGAGGUGUGGGCUUCAUCCAAGGCAUCCAGGAUGACGCAAGUGAUGACGUACCGGUCUUCAAUGACGUCAGUCACAUUGUGGAUGCUGAUUCGUCAACGCUGAGGUGUGGUCGUUGAUUGGCCACACGUAGUAAACAAUGAGGUCACUGCUUCUGAAAACAGCUUCGAAAUAGAAUGUGAUACGCAAGAUCUUUAUAGAUUAAUUAUUUAAAACUUAAAUGUUAGUGACUGCUGUGCGAGAAAUACAUUAGUAUCGACUUUGGUGCAGCAGACUGUGGCAACUGUUACAGAGGACGACUGAGAGUUGCCGAAUCUCACCAUUGAUGAGACUGUUGGUGCAGUAGAGGAGAUAUUGUGUCGAGUUGGUGGCAGGAGAUGCAAGUGAGGGUAUACGUACCUCCUACACAUACCCAUCACUUACACUAUACCCUUUAAUAAACAAACCAAAUUUGCGCAUCAAAGAAAGUCAUACGUUAUAUAUAACCUGUGCAAAGUGACAUGUGAAUGCCUAAGGCCACAUAAUUUUCAUAUUGUAGGUAUGAAAAAUUUAAGUAAAUAAGAAGAGUAAGACGAUAGUGUGUUGUGGUGGAGACAGACAACAUUUAGAGAUAACAGGGAUAACGCACACCAGCUGGAACAUGGUGGGUGCCCUCAGUGUAACCUUCAUCUAGCCUACUCUUGUAGUAUCGUCAGCCUUCACAACAUCUACACGCAUGCUGGUACCCAAGAUGAUGCGGUAGUGUGAGGGAGGCAGCAUGGUGCUCAUCAAGGAGUAUCGCAUCCCCCUUCCACUGACGGUGGAGGAAUACCGUGUUGCCCAGCUCUUUAUGAUUGCUAAAAAAUCUCGUCAAGAAAGUCAUGGGGAAGGCAGUGGAGUGGAGAUCCUUGUGAACGAACCUUACGAAGAUGGUCCAGGACCUGACGGCAAGGGACAGUAUACUCAUAAGGUUUAUCAUGUUGGCAGCCAUUUACCAGGCUGGCUGAAGUCUCUAAUUCCUAAAUCGGCAUUGUCAGUUGAAGAGGAAGCGUGGAAUGCCUACCCUUAUACGAAGACCCGUUUCACUUGUCCCUUUGUAGAGAAGUUCAGCAUUGAAGUCGAAACCUACUACUUUGAUGAUGCAGGGUGUCAAGAAAAUGUCUUUAACCUUUCAAAAUCGGAACUGAAGCAAAGAGAAAUAGAUGUGAUUGAUGUAGUAAAGGAUCAGUUAUACGGGGCAGAUUAUGUUGAAGAAGAGGAUCCUCGUAAAUACAAGUCAGAAAAAACAGGAAGAGGCCCUCUGGGUGACAACUGGAUUACAGAAUACUGUGAAACAUGCAAGGGGCAGCCCACUCCACUAUCCACCGGGGAAGCCAUCAUGUGUGCCUACAAGUUAUGCAAGGUUGAAUUUCGCUACUGGGGAAUGCAGACCAAAAUAGAAAAAUUUAUUCAUGACAUUGCUUUGAGAAAAACAAUGCUCCGAGCUCAUCGUCAGGCUUGGGCAUGGAUGGACGAGUGGUGGGGACUCACAAUUGAAGACAUUAGGAAUAUUGAGAAAGAAACUCAAAAGUUGCUUGCUAAGAAGUAUGGACCAGGGAGUGAUGAAGAAGAACUGGAAGGUGAAUGUGGUAGUGCUUCUCCAGAAGCGGGAGCAGAGGAUCCUCAGAGCCCCAGUGUUUCAUCAGCUCGAACUCCAAAUCUAGAAAAAUUGAGCAAAUACAGCUCAUUUAGGACUAGUAAUGAUUUAGGCGAGCAGUCUAAUGUUAUUUGUGAUGAUGAAGAAACAGUGAUAAAAGGUGUUGUAAAUAAUAAUAAUAAUAACAAUAAUAAUAGUAUAGAAGGGGAAGACAGUAGGCAACUGUCUGGUACAAGUCCUAAGCUUCAAAGACGAGAACUAAAUGUCAGUAUGGACAGUGUACUCACAGAUGAAACCAGAAAGAGAGGAUCAUGGUCAAGAAGUGGUUCUAGAAACACAUUAAAUUCCCAAAACCAAGCAAACUGGAGAAUGGAGAGUAUUAGAAGAGAUUCCGAUUCAUCAGGAAGCGAUGAUGAAUUCUUUGAUUGUCAAGGGUCAGCCAUCCCCAUAAUAAAGGAAGACCUAGAAGAGAAUGCCGCAUUACAUAAAUGGAGCUCACUGGAACUAUUACCCCAAGAUGGAGACUCUCAGUCCACAGUUGGCCACUCUGGUAAUGAGGACAGCAUCUUCUCACAAGCGUUCAUGUCACGAGUAGCAGCUGAACGUCAUAAUCGAGUGUUGGGCCGAAGUAUGGAAGCCUCGGCCCCAUCAUCCCCAUCUCACUCCCCAUCCCACCAGCCUGGCCCUUGUUCUAUCACUGUCCUGCUUCUGGUAAUUCAUGCUGGAUCCGUCCUUGACCCAACAUCAGAUGUGACAAACAAGAGGAGUGAUGUUACAACAUUCCGAGGGGCACUGGAGUCUGUAAUGCGCCAACAUUAUCCUCAGAUGGUGGGCCAUGUGGCUAUUAGACUAGUUUCUGUGCCCGCAGUCUGCUCUGAUGCUCUUAAUAUAUUAUCCAGCCUGAGUCCUUAUGGUCUAGACUCCUCCCCUGUAUGUGGGGAAGUGUCUGGUGGUGAUAGUGUACCUGUGGGUGCUGUGCCUCUUCUAGCGACAACUGUUCCCGAGUAUGAUGACGCUGUAACCCAAACUCUUAGUGCUACUAAUGGAGCGUACCAUGAAUUCUUGAGAUCAGAAGAAGGACAAGGUUUUAAUGGGCAGGUUUGCAUUAUUGGUGACAGUAUUGGUGGUGUCUUGGCAUAUGAUGUUCUCUGCCGUGUGAACGAACAACCUAAGUAUGGAAGCAAUAGCAACAUUCCUGAGGGUGAACCCCCUUCCCCGGGUGAAGAAAAUAGUGAAAAUACUCGGGUGUAUCGCAAGUCAAUUAGCAGUGAUAGUGCACACCAUACAGAUCUUCCUCAUUGUCGUUCUGUCUCGGAUUCUGAUUACCAUUAUGCCAGGCAUCUCUCAGCUCCAUUUCCUCGCCGAAGAUCAUCAUCAUCAAGUGACUAUAGCCAUAGCAAACUAGACUUUGAAGUGUCUGAUCUCUUCACGUUUGGCUGUCCACUUGCUCUGGUGUUAGUCUACAGGAAAAUGAUUAAUACCUCGGACAAAAACUGUACAAUACAACGCCCAUCAUGUCAACAGGUGUAUAACCUUUUUCAUCCAACUGAUCCUCUAGCUAUCCGUGUUGAACCCCUGUUAUCUGCACGGUUUUCACUUCUUACACCUGUAACAAUACCUCGAUAUACAAAAUAUCCUCUGGGAGAUGGUAUUCCAACACACUUGUUGGAAUGCAUUCAGUCCAAUGGAGGCAUAUUUAUGGACAUUAGUGGCACUACAGGAUCUCCAUCAUUGGCAGGACAUACCCGUCGUAUGUCUGAUGCCUCAAUUCUGUCUACUGUGUCAGGGAUGGCAGAUACUGUCCCCAUUGCUACAAUAAAUGCCUUGAGUCAGCGAUGGUGGGGGAAUAAACGAUUAGAUUAUGCACUUUACUGCCCAGAGGGACUGGCAAAUUUCCCAACAAACUCUUUGCCACAUCUGUUCCAUGCUUCAUAUUGGGAGUCCUCAGAUGUAAUUGCCUUUAUAUUAAGACAGUUGGUGCGAACAGAUCAUUCAGCUCUUGCAGCAGAUGAUAAGGACCUUCCAGUAUUCUCUCCUAUGCAACCAAGAGAGAAGUGGAUUAAGAAACGAACUUCGGUUAAAAUCAAGAAUGUUGCAGCAAAUCACAGAGGAAAUGAUGUACUUGUACGAGAAGGUGCACCACAAUCUUUACAAGCUCGCUUUAUGUACGGUCCUUUGGAUAUGGUUGCUUUAUCAGGUGAAAAAGUAGAUAUACACAUCAUGCGUGACCCACCAGGUGGUGACUGGCAACAGAUAAAUACGGAAGUAACUGAUAAGACUGGUCGCAUUGCUUUUACUAUACCACCAGAUAAGGCACUUAGUUGUGGCAUGUAUCCAGUCAAGAUGGUUGUUCGUGGGGACCACACUAGUGCUACACUUUACUUGACUGUUGUGCCACCCAAAACUGAAUGUGUUGUAUUUAGUAUUGAUGGGUCCUUCACUGCAUCUGUUUCUGUCACUGGGCGAGACCCAAAAGUGCGGGCUGGAGCUGUAGAUGUUGUCAGACACUGGCAAGAGUUGGGAUAUUUAAUAAUUUAUGUGACUGGUCGUCCUGAUAUGCAGCAGCAGAAAGUUGUCUCAUGGCUUGCCCAGCAUAACUUCCCUCAUGGUCUUGUGUCCUUUGCUGAUGGACUUUCUAGGGAUCCAUUAGGUCAUAAGGCAGAUUAUUUACGAGCUCUGAUACAAGAUCAUGCCUUGGUUAUUAUGGCAGCUUAUGGCAGUGCAAAAGACAUUAAUGUAUAUAGUAGUAUUGGGCUUAAACCUGAACAAAUCUACAUAGUUGGAAAAGCCAGCAAAAAACAGCAAGCAAAUUCACAGGUUUUGAGUGAUGGCUAUGCAGCCCACCUUUCCUCACUGUCUGCUUUAGGAAAGUCUCGUCCUGCGAGAGGCAACCCUGAGAUGGUGAUACCUCGUGGCUUCUUUGGGCUCCCAGGUCAAAGUAAUGCAUUGAGAAGACGACGUUACCUGGAGUAUACCUGGAGAAGGUUUCGGGGGUCAACGCCCCCGUGGCUCGGUCUAAGACCAGACCAUGUGGUGGAUCAGGGUCUGAUCAACCAGGCUGUUACUGCUGGCCACAUGCAAACUGACGUACGAACCACAGCCCGGCUGGUCAGUUCUGCCAAGCGGACUACCUCUUUCCCCGUUCGGGCAGCUUCAGCAAGUGAAGGAGUGAUGCGAUCCCGUGGUUCAUCACAUUCCCCACGACCCAUCCACAUGAGUAUGAGAUGUUAGCACCAGAAGCAGAAGGAUUACACAAGAAAAUUUCAAUUAAUAUGUUGGAAGAGGAAUCUUUCAUCGCAUUGAAAGAGAAAUCUUUUAUUUCAUUUUGUAAGAAAAUUUGAUGUUUAAAGAAUGUAAACUAGCCCAAGCUUUGAAACAAUAGUCUUUAAGUUUUUUAAUUAAAUGAAAAUGUUAGACACUGAAAACUAAAGUGGGAAUCAAAUGAAAAUGAAUUAUGGUGUAUAAAGAAGUCUCAUAGUCAUGUAAUGGUCUCUUGACACAUCAACACAGGAAGUAAGAGAAAGCUAGUAUACCUCUUGAGUGUCUUGCCAUUGACAUUGCACUGACUUUAUACUGAGUUGCAAAAAAUUAUUUUAACAAAAGGACACACUUAAGUACAUCAUUUUUAGACAAAUUGCCAGCUAGUGUGUUUCAUAGUUUCUGCUUAGUUUGCUAGGUUUAGUCUUCUGACAACAUAUGGGUUAUUAUGGCUGCAUUUUACCUAUAUACCACCAAUCAAGUAUACUUUAAUCCCAUAAAUAGGUAUUAAGAGCAAAUUCAGCAUACAUACACUGUUCAUAGGUUCUGGUAUUUUUCACUUGUUUACAUUCAUGUUAAUAAGGGGCAACAGUGUUUAUAGGUAAAAGAUAUAUACAGUUUUAAUAAUUUAUCUAAAAGUGUGAACUUGGAGAUAGAUUUGGAACACACUAGCUGGUGGUGGUUCCUGUAUAUAUAAAGGCUACUUUCUUGUGUAUAUGUAUUUAAUAUGGAUCUUUGUACUUAGAAUUUUUUUAGAACUACAAUACCUUUUUAUUGUUAAGUAAGUUAAAUGAACUUAAACAAUAGUAUUGCAUUUGCAGUAGUAAUGUGGGCCUGUGCUGUGUGUGGAAGAGGUCUUUACAUAAAGCCCACUGGUCACACAUAUUUACACAGAUUAUGUCUUACAAGUGAUAUUGUAAACUUUAUAGUAACCAUAUUAUUAUGGAAUUUAGCUCAGGUUGUAUUUCUGUUAAGUGUGGUCAUGGUACACUGCAAUUUGUUAUUUCAACAGUAUACAUAGCAUUGUACAUUAUAUUGUAAAUGACAGUGUAGCUGCAAUUUUUCUGAGUAGAAUAGAGUAAGCACUUUGAGCACUGGAACAUUUGUCAUGGGUGUAUUGUACUCCUAGCUUUUAGUUCCAAGAUUACUUAAUUUAUUUAUCAAAUAUGUAUAUAACAUACAUACUCUUAUAUUUUUCAAGGUUUUUUUAUUGUUUGGAUUUGCUUAUGAAUAUUAUUUAGGGACAAAGUUGCAUGUGCAGUAAGCUCUCUUAUAAAGCUUCUUUAUAUACUGUGAUUUAAAAAAAAUGCAAUUGAAAAGGUGCUUCCAGAACUGAAUAGUACAUACUGUAAAGGCCUUUCCAUGUGCUAUUCAAUUUUGAAAGUACUUUUUCAGUUGCAUUUAUGAAAUACUGCACCAUAUAGGAGAAUUUCAUGAGAGAGCUGACUCUAUAUGAUUCCAGUUUUGGCCAGGCACAUAAAUUUUAAGUACAUACAGUAUACUGUAUAUACAGACUCCCACACACAUGUACAAGUGAUGCAUUAUUUAAACCCCUGAGGUAUAGGAGGCAGAUGCAACUAGAGUGAGUGUUGAGUCUACAGCCAUUAGACUAUAGGACAGUAUUUUCAAGUUCCAUUAAGGCAUUGCUAACUUAACGAAGUCAGUGUUGGGUGAUUCAUACAGUGAUGGCCUCCUUGAUACACAUAUCCCUGUUGGAAUAGCUACCUUAUGAAGCAUGAUUUAGGUUUUAUAUCAGAUAUCACAUUAUUAAAUGUUUAUAUCAGUAUUCUCAGUGACAUACCAUUAUCAUUACUUUUGACAAGUCAUUUUUCAUUAUUGUCAUUGCUUGUUCUUCACACCUCUGUCAGUAAAGUCACAAAUCAUUUCACUUAUUUCCUAGGCAUGACUUAUAAAUUCAUCUUUAUUGGUAUAAAUUUUUGUGGAAACCUUUAUAAUCAAUCUAUUAUAAUUGUCAGUGAACAUGUGUGCAGUCUCUAAUUUAUGCCAAUCAUUCUUCAGAGUAGAAGUGACAACAGUGUGAAAUAGUACAUUGUUAAUGGUAAAAUCUUUAUGAAAUGUUUCAGUGGCCACUUUCUUUAAAUAAUAUAAUAUGAUAUGCCUUAAUUACCUCUUAGGGAGAAACAGUUGGGUGAUAAUUACAUAUCUUUCUUUCUUUCUUUCAACACACCGGCCGUAUCCCACCGAGGCAGGGUGGCCCAAAAGGAAAAACGAAAGUUUCUCCUCUUACAUUUAGUAAUAUAUACAGGAGAAGGGGUUACCAGCCUCUUGCUCCCGGCAUUUUAGUCGCCUCUUACAACACGCAUGGCUUACGGAGGAAGAAUUCUGUUCCACUUCCCCAUGGAGGUAAGAGGAAAUAAACAAGAACAAGAACUAGAAAGAAAUUAGAAGAAAACCCAGAGGGGUGUGUGUGUGUAUAUAUAUGCUUGUACAUGUAUGUGUAGUGUGACCUAAGUGUAAGUAGAAGUAGCAAGACAUACCUGAAAUCUUGCAUGUGUAUGAGACAGAAAAAAAAAAAAGACACCAGCAAUCCUACCAUCGUGUAAAAUAUUUACAGGCUUCCAUUUUGCACUCGCUUGGCAGGUCGGUAGUACCUCCCUGGGUGGCUGCCAUCUACCAACCUACUACCUAGGAUAAUUACAUAUGUAUUUUAUAAAAACAUUACAUAAAACCAAUUUGUUAACAGAUGAGAGUGAACAGUAUUAUCAAGUACUUGAAUUUCUUGCACUGCUCGUUGGCCAUGUACACAAAAUUUUUAAGGAGAGUUUGUUAGAUUGUUGAAACAAAAAAUUAUACAAUAUAAAAUAAUAGAAAAUAGGAGUAUUCUAUGUUUGUUUAUUAAAAUGUAUAAUAAAUAUUUUCUGUGUAUAUGUGGGAAGUACAGUGCCUGCACUUUAAAGGAGGGGUUAGACAUAUUUGAUGUGUGGAGGGACAUCUGAUCUGUCAUAUCUGCAUGCCUCUGGCAAAACAGUGAUAGUGUGAAUGAUGGUAAAAGUGGAUUUAUUUCAGGUCACCCUAGCUCGGUCGGAGACAGCCAGUUUGUUAAAAAGCUGUUGGAGUGUGAGCAGGGUAAUAUUUUGUGAUGGGAUUCAGGGAAACCGGUUAGCCUGACUUGAGUCUUGGAAACUGGAGGUACAAUGCCUGCACUUUAAAGGAGGGGUUUGGGAUAUUUGCAGUUUGGAGGGACUUCUAAGCUGUUUUAUCUGAGUACCUCUGCAAAGACAGUGAUUAUGUAUGAGUGAUGGUGAAAGUGUUGAAUGAUGAUUAAAGUUUUUUCUUUCUUUUUGGGUUUUUUCUUUUUCUCAAAAAAAUCAACAUUAGUUACAGAAGAUAUGGCUACCUUCAGACACACUUCCCUCCCUUUUUCCUUAGCACUUUUUGGUGGUUGUGUUUUUUGUAUUUCUUUCCCUCUUUGUGUAUUCAUGAGUAAUUAUCAGUAAAUUUAUACCCUUAAUUGCAUGUAGAUUUGCACUUUUUUCAAUGACUAAGAAUUUGCACAUUUGUGUGCCGGUUCCUUUUGCACACAUCAACACAGUUAUAAUCUCCUUUGAUUCUUUCAGCUCAGCAACAUUUUUUUGCUCAUCACAUAAGACAAGAGAAUGUUGUACAGAACCUCACCAGAAUAAGCUUGUGUCUACAUUUUAUUUUUGCAGAGCAAUCAAAUUAUAUUUCUCUACAAGUUUGAAGUUGAUGGAUGUCAUGGCAUUUCUUAAACCUUCCCGGUCAUACAUGGGAAGAGUCACAAAGCACUUUAAGCUUAGUGGUUUGUGAAAAUACCCAGGCUUCUCAAUUAAAAUCCUUUUAAGGUGGAGAGCAUCCCCAUGCCACAGUGAAGGGGGAUAUUGAUACUAAGAAUUGAAUCUCUUCUCUUCCUCAGAUUGAAUAUAAAUACGCACCAACCAUCUCUCUCUCUCUCUCUCUCUCUCUCCUUCUGGCCUUAGCAGGAAUGAUUUUCCUUUCAUGAUGUCUAGUUGUUAGAAGGAAAAAGGAAUCACUAUCAGCCCUGUUCUAAAGUAACUUCACUGAGUGGAAAAGUAAUGUGAAGGACCUGGGAGUGGUAAUGACUGAGGAUCUCACCUUCGAGGAUCACAACAGUGCCACUAUCACAUCUGUGAGGAAAAUGAUAGGAUGGAUAAUGAGAACCUUCAAAACAAGAGAUGCCACACCAUUGAUGAUCCUUUUUAAAUCCCUUGUUUCUCUAGGCUGGAAUACUGCUGUACACUAACAUCUCCAUUCCAGGCAAGUGAAAUUGCAGAUCUAGAGAAUAUACAGAGAACCUUCACUGCACAUUUAAGUUCCAUCAAACACCUUAACUACUGGGAACGCUUGGAAACACUUGACUUGUACUCACUGGAGUGCACGCGAGAGAGAUACAUCAUAAUCUACACCUGGAAAAUCCUACAGAUUGGUCCCUAAUCUGCAUACAGAAAUCACUCUCUAUGAAAGCAAAAGACUUGGCAGGCAGUGCAAUGAAUAGUAGGGGUGCCAUUAGUACAGUAAGAGAAAAUACAAUAAGUGUCCGGGGCCCAAGACUGUUCAACAGCCUCUCAUCAGCCAUAAGGGAUAUUACCAGUAGACCCCUGGCUACCUUCAAGAGGGAGCUGGACAGAUACCUAAAGUCAGUGCCGGAUCAGCUGGGCUGUGGAUUGUACAUUGGACUACGUGUGGCCAGCAGCAACAGCCUAGCUGAUUAAGCCCUGAUCCACCAGUAGGCCUGGUCAUGGACCGAACCACAGGGGCAUUGAUCCCCGGGAUACCCUCUAGGUAGAUAGUUAGUCGUGAGGCGAUCAUGUCACUCCCUAAUGGAAAUUGGAUCAUUUCAGGGCAUAUGAGGUGACCCUCGGGUGAGACAUGAGGUGGCCGUCUAGCAGAACCUCUGAUCAGAGGAUUACUGCUGGAGAUUACCUGUAGAUCUAGGAGUGGUGGCUAAAAGUGUAUGAAUCCUGGCAUUUUUUCAGGUUCACCAGCUACCAUUACACUGGUCAGCAGUUUUUGAAAAGUUGUAUGCUUCUUCAAUGAGAUUAGCUAAUUCUUAUGUAUUUUCAUGUCGUGACUCCAAAUAUAUCACCUUGAAAAAUGUUUAUUGGCUAUGGGUUUAAAGAUAUGAGACACGUAAUAUUUGAAUAUUUUAUUAUACCGUAUUAUACCGUACUAUACCGUAUUAUACCAUACAAGCCUCUUUUCUUGACGCUUAUAGUGGGCUGAAGAAUCAUCUCUUGCCAAUGUCCAGCAAUAGUCUGCAAGCAUUCUUGUGCCCCAUUUGCCCUGGUACCAUUUUUCUGUGGUUAAAAUAUCUUGGUGAAACCUUUCACCAUGUUCAUCACUAACUGCCCCACAGUUUGCUGAAAAAAGUCUAAAUGUGAGUUCAAAAAGUGGAUUUUAAGUGACAUGUUAUAUCCCAUGUUCUUGUAAGCCUUGAUGAGGUUUUCCACCAAUUCUUCAUAGUUACCUUCCCUUCUGUUUCUGAGAACUCCCUUCGCCACUAACUUGAAUGCUUCCCAAGCAACUUUCUCCUCCCCAUGAAGGUCUGAUUCAAAGUCACCAUCUUUAAGAAGCUCUCGAAUCUGAGGACCAUUGAAGACUCCCUCUCUUAUCUUAGCAUCGCUCAGUGAGGGGACUUUUGAUGUUAAAUACUUGAGGUCCCUGACCGAAUUUGUCCAUAGCUUUUACAAAGUUUUUCAUGAGCCCCAGUUUUAUGUGUAGUGGUGGUAGCAAAAUUUUGUUUGGUUCAAUGAGAGGUGGAUGUUGAACAUUUUUCAUCCCAGGCUCCAAUGAUUGAUGAGGUGGCCCGUCUCUCCUUAUGUGGUGGGAACCUCUUCAUGUGCCUCACAUGCAUAUCAAUAGCUUGCUCAGUGAAUAUUUAUUAUAAGUUUAAAAUGUGUUUGGCUAAGAAAUUACCUACCUUUCACCUCAAAAUAUAAACUUUCACAGCACAACCAUCUUCUAUGACUGCUGGAACAAUAAUGAAGGGCAGUGAGACUGUGAGUGUGGUAUGAAACACUACCACAAGCCUGUUGGAACCUGUUGUGACUAGUAUGUGUAUAUUGAAAAGUAGAGCUAACAAACAAUUUUAACCAUGAUAUUCAUUAUCAGUGACCUAAAAUUAGUUGGAAAUUGCUACUAUGGUCUCAGAAGCAUUUUGGUUAUUGACCAGUGAAUUUAUUAACUGAAAGAAGAUUGCAUAGUCACUGCUCUUGCCUAAGCAGGUAGUUUUGCUAAUCUUUUGUCAGCCAUUUCUGAAGGUGCCAUCAUAGUGUUGUGCACCACAUAGAGAAAGAGGUUAUUUCUAACUUCAGUAUUUGUCACAUUAGUGGUGACCAUGGUUUAGGGUGGGUAUGCAGUUUCUUCAAAUUUUCUUGGAGCUGCUUUCCAUUUUUUACCUCAUUAGAAAUGAGGCAUUGGCAAACUUUCCUGAAUUCCAAGUGACUGUGACACACUUUACUGACCUCUGCAAGACUUUGGACCCUCCUCAAAACCCAGAAAUAGGCAAUACUGAUAAUUCAUGUACCUUCUCACUUACAAUCUAGGUAACUCACCAACUAGAAAUCUUUCUGCUUACAGGAAAUAUUUAGAAAAUAAAUCUGGACAAAAUUUUUUUCCUUCCAGCCAUUAUACCCAAAGGCUUACCUGCUUACCUUGCAUACCACUGUAUUAGCAAGAAAUUCAUGAUAACCUUUGCUAUAACAUCUCAAUUCAUACUCUGUGGAGUGGGAAAUGUAUCAUCACCAUAUAUAAUGCAGACCAGGCCUGUAACCACCUUUUGUAUAUCUGCACUGUUGGUAACGUCUCAAGUCGUGAUUCAUGGCCAUUCCUUCCUUAUUUGUGCUGUAAGACUCAUCAUCCCACACACCAUAAUACUUCAAGAAUUUACAGAAUAUGGCCUGGACAUUCAAGAGCAAUUUGAACUACUACAUCACCCUAUCAUCAAAGCUGAAAUUUGUGUACUUCCAGCCCACAAACAGAGAUGAUAUUGAUCAGUGUAGCCUAGCCAACUGUCGAUUGCUAGGACCUCCCAUCCUCAGUCUACAUCAUGGGACAGUGCUUAAAAACUAAAGAAGCUCAAAUGAACACCCUAACAGCACUUGUGCUUUGGCCACCAAACAAAAUAGAAUGUCCAGUUUGCUGAGGAGUGGAUGAUAAUCCAUCCUGUGACCAACCUACUUGCAUUAACCAUGACACAGGAUAUCCUGCAUAUACCUGUUAGUGUCUCAUUUUUCUGUGAGAAAGCUGAAUACUUUGUUUAAAGGGACAAUAGGGUGUGUCAUACAGUAUAGCAGUGACUCAAAUUUCUCUCUCAGGAAAAAUACCAAGGAUAUACUCCCAAGUUGCCUGACACCCUAAACACCUAGUAGAAAUCUUUUAACAGUCACCCUAGUAUUCAACCCUUAUUCCUCAUCUCUGAUUUUUCUGCCACUUCACCUUCUUGCAGUCUUCACUACUUCUCAACCCACAGUCUUUUCUAGAUGUUCCUUUAACAUGAUAUAUCUGGCCACCAUAAUCUAGCUUCGAUAAAAUUAGGGCUGAAUGCAGUCAUAGGAGGGUUCGACAAUCAACCCCCCCAUGAAAGAUGAGCGAGGGUUUUAAGGAGGUUCAGCUGACUAUGGCAAGUUGCUUUCUGGGAGGUCAAGUGAGGUUUCAAAGACAACUGGUAAUCAAACAGUAGGCUGAGAAAUCUGACCAUAUCACAUUCAGGGAUUCGUGAGCCAUACAGGUACAAUGGAGUAUCAGGCAAUUGAACAUCUGUUGAAAGUAAUUGUUGUGUUUUAGCACUAGGAAAUUUAAACUCAUGAGUAGUGACCCAAUGGUAAACACUGUUGACACCAAUCUGGAGUGAGGCUGCUACUAGGCGACAGCACCUGCACAAGCUAUAGCAAAAUCAUCAACAUAGAGUGAUGACCAAAUAUUAGAUGGGAGAACUGAUGUCAGAUCAUUUAUAGCAAGGAGAAAAAGGAUGGUGCUAAGGACACAUCCCUGAGGAACACCUUCAGUUUGGACAGAGUCCGGGGAAAGUAAAUUAUUAAUCUGAACACGGAAAUGUCUCUCGGAUAAGUUUGCAAGAAAAAGUGGCAGAUUGCCUCAGAGGCCUAAGGAGUGAGCUUGGGCCAAGACGUUAUACCUCCAAGUAGUGUCAUAUGCCUUUUCAAGAUCAAAAAAGACUGUGGUUACUAGCAAAGGCAUUACGGACAUAGGUUAAGGGGUCAUUAAUAGAGUGGCCCUUACAAAAGCCAUAUUGGUGGGGGGAGAGACUAUUGUGUGUGUCAAAAUACCACAUCAAACAUCUGUUUACCAGAUGUUCCAUCACUUCGCAAACUGCAUUGGUAAUAGCAAUGGGACAAUAGUAUGAGGAGGCAUGUCUUGAGGUACCUAGUUUACGCAAAGGUAGAACUACGGCAGAUUUCAGCUGGGGAAGAACUCCUUGUGACCAAAUAAGAUUGAAAAGACGUAAGAGGACUGUAAGAGCCGAUGGCUGCAAAUGCGAAUGCCAUCAGGCCCAGCUGCUGCUGAUCGGCAAGCGGAAAGUGUGGACUCUAGUUCUAGAAGUGUAAAAGGCACACUAUAUGGCUCUUCUCUGCUAGAAGAAAAGUCCAAGGACAGUAAAUCUCUGGCAGGCUUGGAGGAAAGAAAUGAAGGGCAUAGAUGGGGCCCUUUAGAGAUACGGACAAGAUUAUUUUCGAUUUCCUUGGCAAUUUCAAGAGGGUUUGCAACUUUGACGCCGGCAACCUGGAGAAUGGGAGCAGUGUUUGGAGAGAACUUUCCACUCAGUUUCUGCACUUUUUUCCAAACUGCACUCAUUGAGGAAACAGACGUAAUAGAAGAAACAUAAUCUUGCCAGUAAGUGCAUUUAGCUUCACGGAUGGCAUGUUGGGCGACCGCUCUCUCCUGUUUAAAAUCAAGGAGACACUCUGUGGUCCUAUUGUAAUGAUAUCGGCCCCAUGCAGCAUGUUUCAAACGUCCUGCACGAGCACAAGCAGGAGACCACCAAGGCACACAUUUCUGAAAAUGCUUGCUCAAGGUUUGAGAUAUAGAAUGUGAAGCUGUGGUUAAAACUGAGGUGGAAAAUAAGUGUAACAGCUCAUCAGUAGAGGACGAAGAAGGGUUCUCACUAAAAACUGUUUGGAGCGAGUACAGAUCCCAAUUCGCGCAUUCAAAUUGCCAAAAUGGGCUUCGAGGAGGGUGAGAAUAUGAAUGGGAAGUAAGGAGGAUAGGAAAAUGAUCACUGUCAUGUAAAUCUGGGAGCACAGACCAGGUAAAGUGAAGUGCAGUUGAUGUGGAGCAAAUAGAGAUCAAUACAAGAGAUUGAGUGUGAGGGUCAAAAUGGGUGGGAGUACCAGUAUUUAAAACAUGGAGGGGAAAGGAAGUGAGAAGAGCCUCUGACUGAUCACCACAAGAGUCACAACGAGAGAGAGAAAGAGAGAGAAACCCCCCUCCCCCCCCGUCAGAAGAAAUGAUGAGCAUUAAAAUCACCUAAUAACGGAAUAGGUGGUGGUAAAGAAGAAACAAGAAACUACAAAAAUAAUUGUGGCUAUAUUGACAUUUAUCAAAGAGACAAAGCCCUUCAGAUUCUCAUCCUCCACAACCCUCUACAAACAACUUCUAUGCAUGUUAGUUCUAAGGUUACACACAGACACACUUUAUGAACCUCCCUAGCCCAUAGCCAUCACCUGCUCUCUAAUACUACUGCACUUAUGGUAACUAAUAAUGGCAAUAUUGUAAUGGAAUAUCAGAAGACACAGGGAGAAUUGAGAGAGCUUCAAAUGUUGAUUUCCCAGUUUUCCUCUCUAUGUAUUUGUUUACAAGAACCCAUACUGUGUAGCAGUCAGAAUUCUAUCUUUGACUAUGUACUUUUACAGCCAGUCAUCCUUUUUUCCAGUGAGACAUACAACAACAGUGCAUUUUUUUGUAUGCAAUUGAUAUAGUGGGAGUAAAGAUAACAUAUGUAGGUUUUACCUAGCUAUAUUUUGAACACUUCAUUCAACUUCCUGGAGGUAGUAUGUAUGCCUCGGAUCAUGACACUGAGUUUUGGAAGGACAGUGUUCUGUUCUGGGGACCCUUAUUUUUCCUGACAAGUUUGUCAUCUAAUUCUUUCAGGAACUUUUAGUGCACUUUUCCCAGUAAAAUUGCAUGACACUUGUAACAUAAUAAAUAUAUAGAUGCUGCACCUUUUUUCACACCCUGCCUUGAUCAGGUUUUGAGACCCACAGGGAAAGUUGACACACUAAGAUAUAUUGUGUACUUAUGAGAAGCCAAUGUUAUCAUUAGUGAAGCAUUUCUCCACUUGAAUUAGAGUCUACAUUAAAAAAUUAAUUUGUAUUUAAGCAAUCAGUCCUGUAUAAUUUGCAAGUAAAUUGUUAUCCCGGGGUGUAACAUAAUUGACUAGAGAUGGCAUCUGUUGUGAAUUACAUAUGACCAAAUAAUAACUUGCUUGUAAUAAAGUUGGUAGAAUUACUGACAAUAUGUAAAGUAAAAGGACACAAGUGCAACUAAUGUGACAUUUUAUUGUGGCAACGUUUCGCUCUCCAGGAGCUUUAUCAAGCCAUUACAAACAAUACAUGGACACAGAGGGUAUAUAUAGGCUCAGAGUGAAGUGCAAUACUAGUGGUAGUAGUAGUAGUAGUGACAAAAGUUGUAGUACUACAACUUUUGUCACUACUACUACUACUACUACUACUACUACUACUACUACUACCACUAGUAUUGCACCUCACUCUGAGCCUAUAUAUACCCUCUGUGUCCAUGUAUUGUUUGUAAUGGCUUGAUAAAGCUCCUGGAGAGUGAAACGUUGCCACAAUAAAAUGUCACAUUAGUUGCACUUGUGUCCUUUUACUUUACAAUAACUUGCUUCUCUAUAGUGGUAGGUUUUGAGUUAGUUUCAGUUAGUUGUAGGUGGUCACAUGUCUGCAACAGUCACCUAUUUUAUUCAGCACUGAGUAACCAAAACUAGUUCAACAUUUUUAGCAAAUAUAACAGCAUUAUAAAUAAUGCAAACUUUGUAGUGGCGUCUUACUGCCACUAUAGGAAGGUCAGGACAUUUAAUGUUAAAUAUUGUAGUGAUUUUCUCACCAACACCCUGAUGCUUAUGUAUUCCUGCCCAUAAUCAGUUCAUGUGUUACCCAAGCUAAAAAGGGAUCUCCAUGUUUCAAUAGUCUUUUGGCUGUCUGGUCUGCCUUCUCUACUGCUCCAUUCUUCAGAGGAUAACGAGGAGUUGGAAGUCAUAUACUAUAGAGAAACUCACAUUCCCUAGCAAAGUCUUAAAUAAUCAUGAAGAAAAUUGAGAAUCAUUACCAGAGUAUCCUCUCAUGGGAGGUUUUUGAUAUCAGUGAGGGGUUUUUGAUCCAAGGAAUUAGAUCAGAACUCCCCUUCCUUGGAAUUAACUUGAUUGCCUCCUGUUCUCCCAGGCUUGGAGCACUAAACCCCCAUGAAUGUAAUAAUAUAAUAAUUGUCAGAAUAAUUUUACCAGAAUAUCUCAUCUUUUAAACAUAUUCCCUAGUUUUCUAUAGUUAGUAAAACUUGUAAUAUAUAUCUUCUAAGUAAACAAGUUCACCCUACCUGGUUAGAUAAUCAGCCUCAAUUUUUUUCUUCAUGGAUAACAGAAACCCACAGUAUCUUAAACCAUGGUUUUUGAAGUAGAGAAUCAAGUUUUAAAAACUCGGCAUGCUACUAUGUACUGUUUGACAAAAUGAGCAUUGUUCUACCCAUGGCUGCAUACACUCACCAUACUAAUUGUUGGAUUUCAUGCUGACAUUUCUGAAGGCAAAUACUUUUUAUCAUGAAUCCUGGAGAGCAUUUCUUUACACUGUGACUUCACAAUAACUUUCCAGUUUCUAUACAACAAUAACCGAGUCUGUAACAUUCAAGAAGAUUUUUGCUGCUGAGCAUAAUGGUAGACCAGAUAUUAUCACCCUUAACAAUAGUGCCUCCUGGCUGUCUUUGCAGGGUGCAAAUUAUCACCUUAUUGAAGUUAGGAUCCUCUGUGUUAGCUUUGUCUUUUAGAGCUGAUUAUAACAGGAAAAGCAGUUAAGUUUAAAAACUCCAAUCUUUUCUACUUGUAGCAACAUUUGAGCAGUUUUUCUCAAUAUUAUUAUCCUCUUCUUUGUUCAGAGUCUGAGAAAAGCUUCAAUUAUCACAAUACAUUUCCCAAGAACAUAGCAGUCACAGAAUUUGGUUAAACUCAAUAACAAAUCCUGCCACCUAACGGGCUGAUAACAGUUCUUUAUUGUUCAUCAGUGGAUAUAAUGUCUAAUGAUCUAUUAGAAGUUUAAACACAAUAGCAAUAAUAACCUGUUGUGGUUUCUCAGACAUUAAAACAGAAGCUAAAUUACUGAUCCCUUUAUACAAGGGUAAAAAACAAAAAACUACUGCUAACAUUAUUGUGGGCAAUUAAAGAUCAAAAUAGAACCAGAGUAUUAGCAAGAUGCUUCUUAAUUGUAUUGUCUUGUUUGUCUUAACUGCCAAGAUAUUCUAUUAGUAAAUCUUGGUGGAGCUUUCACAAAAGUGAUUACAACAAGACCUGGGUAUGAGGCCAAAAUCUUGUAAGAUAAUUAACCUGCCUGACAGUCACCUUGAUUCAUUAACAUUAGGUGCUGCUGCAAGGGUAUGCAUUGUAUUGACCACUAUUUUUCCAAACCUUGUUUUGUUCCUUCUGGACUAUUUAUAUAGUAUGUCCUUAAAAAAUAUUUGUCUCUGGCCAAACAUUCAUUUGUCCUUAUUUUAAUUUUAACUCAGGAGUUGGAGCUUAUUCCUCACAAAUACAGGUAAGCACAUUUAUGGAAAUAAAUACACACACUCUUAGAUGACUAAGACACACAUACAACAGUUGGGUAUCUUUAUUGUUAAAACGUUUCACCUGCACACUAGGGUUCUUCAGUCAGAUAUGGAAGAGGAAUAAAUUUGGAGACAGCAGGAGUAGUGGUGAGGCAAAGAUGAUCUGGUCAGUCCCUUCAGGCUGAGAGACUGACCACCUCAAAAACUACUUCAAGGUUGAGGGACUGAUCACAUCGUCUUUACCUCACCACUACUCCUGUUGUCUCCAAAUUUAUUCUUCUUUGUAUCUGACCGAAGGUGAAAUAUUUCAACAAUAAAAAUUCCCAACUAUUGCAUGUGUCUUACUCAUCUAUUUGUCAGUACUGUGUACCAUUUUCAUAAUUGCACACACUAGUUAGGGAAAUAUACACACACACACACACACACACACACACACACACACACACACACACACACACACACACACACAGGAGGGUCAGGGGAGACAUGAUAACAACAUACAAAAUACUGCACGGAAUAGACAAGGUGGACAAAGACAGGAUGUUCCAGAGAUGGGACACAGACACAAGAGGUCACAAUUGGAAGUUGAAGACUCAGAUGAAUCAAAGGGAUGUUAGGAAGUAUUUCUUCAGUCAUAGAGUAGUCAAGCCGUGGAAUAGCCUAGAAAGUGAAGUAGUGGAGGCGGGAACCAUACAUAGUUUUAAGGCGAGGUAUGAUAAAGCUCAUGGAGCAGGGAGAGAGAGGACCUAGUAGCAAUCAGUGAAGAGGUGGGGCCAGGAGCUAUGAAUCGACCCCUGCAACCACAAAUAGGUGAGUACACACACACACACACAUGAUAACGACAUACAAGAUACUGCGGGGAAUAGACAAGGUGGACAGAAAUAGGAUGUUCCAGAGAGGGGACACAGGGACAAGGGGUCACAACUGGAAGCUGAAGACUCAGACGAGUCACAGGGACGUUAGGAAGUAUUUCUUCAGUCAUAGAGUUGUCAGCAAGUGGAAUAGCCUAGCAAGUGAAGUAGUGGAGGCAGGAACCAUACAUAGUUUUAAGAAGAGGUAUGACAAAGCUCAGGAAGCAGAGAGAGAGAGGACCCAGUAGCGAUCAGUGAAGAGGCGGGGCCAGGAGCUGAGUCUCGACCCCUGCAACCACAAUUAGGUGAGUACACACACACACACACACACACACACACACACACACACACACACACACACACACACACACACACACACACACACACACACACACACAUAUACAUACAUCUAUAUACAGGAGUAGGAGCUGAAACUCAACCAACAUACAUACCUAUUACACACAAUUAAAAACACUAGCUGUUAACUUAUACGGUACAGUUCUAAGUAUCUUUCAGAAAUUUUAACUAGUUCAGGUAUCUUUGUGUCGGUGCUCUCUAAUAUUCAUGACUUGUAAUGAAAUUCAAAUGUUUCAUGAUUAAUUAAGUCAUUAUGAUACUACUACUACUACUACAGAAUUUUACACAAAUAACCCGCACAUAAAAGAGAGAAGCUUACGACGACGUUUCGGUCCGACUUGGACCAUUGACUUUGUCAAUGGUCCAAGUCAAUGGUCCAAGUCGGACCGAAACGUCGUCGUAAGCUUCUCUCUUUUAUGUGCGGGUUAUUUGUGUAUCGUUCCAGUCACGGUAUUGUGCCUUUUUGUUAUUUAUUUAACUACAGAAUUUUGUUUUUGGCAUUUGUAUUAUUAUCUUCAAAGCUUAUUUCAUGGUAUAGAAUGUUCACAUAAGGCUUUGUCAAAUAACAGACUUCUUUACACAGUUUGUCAUCUGUAAUUUUACUUGGAUAAUGCAAGUUAGGAAAUACUCAGAAUUUGUUUCACUAGUGUUUCUUGAGUAAUGAUGUAGAACUUAUGUCAGUAUUAAAUUUAUAAUUGUAAAUAAUCUCAGUAGGGCAAUUAAAUCAUCUCUCAUCUCGUAGGAUUUAAGGAGAUGAUAACAUACCAAUGUUUCUCAUGUGUGUAAAAAGUUAUUAUUUUUCACUAUGAAAUAGGAAGGGCUACCAUUUCCUGGUGUAUAUUUACUUGGUAUCUUCAUUGUAAAUUUCAGUAAUGUUACAUGUAUAUUUUUGACAUGUAUGAGACAUAAAUACAGCACCAGUGUGAUAAUAUGGACCAGAAUUUUUUAGAUUAAAAAUGUGUUAUACUAUUAUGAAAAUGGUGCAAUAUGCACUCGGAUAAUUACCCAAUGUUAAUGUCUUCCUUCCAAGAAAGCUUUAUAUGAAAACAUUGAUCAGUUUCUUUGAAAUUUGUUUUUUAGGAGAUUACAAAUAAAGACUUAACAGCAACAGUGUUAUAAAAUAUUUUAAUGAAAUAACUCUGUGGCAAAUUUACUAUCUGUGAUAUUAUUUCUCACUCAUGCCAUCUAUUUUUGUUGGAAUACAGUAUCUUAAAUUUUUGUGGGAAAUGUUUAAUCCAAAAACUGAAUUACCUGAAAUAAGAUACAAUGUAUUGUAAUUAAAGUUCCCUCUGUAAAUUCAAUCCACUCCUGAAAUGUAUUAUAUACAUGUUACCUAAAAUAUGAUUUUAAAGAUGUAUGAAUGAUAGAUUACAUUAUGAUAGAAAAAUCACUACUAUAUUAAGAAAAAUAAAGGACUAGUGUCAUUGCGUAAUAUCACAUGACCUUUUGAACUUAAGAGGCCACAGGAUGUGGUAAACCUGUACUGGCUCUUUGUCUUUCUUAAUAGUUUUUCUAUCAUUUAUUUUCACAUUUUUAAGAAAUUACCAAGAUCAUAUUAUGUUUUGUAUAAGAGAUAUUAAUACACUAGUGUUUGCAUGCUAAACGUAUUGAGAAUAUUUUUUACUUUAAAUCUCAUUUAAAGGACUUGGUAAUAUAGACACAAUGUAGUUAUCUAAGGAUCCACUUAUUGUAUGGAGUAAACCAGGCAGACUGUUCUAUGCUUGAUUAUAGACAUAUCCUAUAACAGACUCCUCAUGCCUUCAGCUGUUUUAUUGGUUUGUGGAUCUGUUAUCCAAAUGUGGAUAACGCAGACAUGACUUAUUAUAUAAGGCAUAUUUAAUAAAUUAGCUGAAGACUUAUUGCAUCUACGUAUUGAUAUUGCCUGCUUUUUCAUCUUUCCUUUCUGACUUUGCAGUCAAGGCAGUCACUCUUAACUACUAUAUCAAUUAUCUUUGACAAAUUUUUCUUUGUCAUAUUUUAUAGACUAGACACACAAAUUUGUCUAAGUUGGAUAUUUUUAUGUAUUUUCGUACAUUACAACAAACUUUUUGCCAUUCUCACUGAAGGAAGGUGGACAGAACAAACAAAACCAGCUGUUGAAGUUCUUGGCUGUGACCAUCAAAGAUAAAUAUUUAAAUAAGUGUUACCUUAAAAUGGUACUAAAAAAUUACUCUUGUUAAAAUUUGAUAACAGAAAAAACUGCUGAUCCAAGUGUAAUACAUUUGAAGUAAAUUUAGGUGCUGAUAAUAAUUUUAUUAAUUGUGAAAGUAAAAUUUAUAUUUGAUGGCAUAUCCAAAGGCUAAUAUUACACAUUUUGAAUUAAUUUAUUCAGAAGCUGGUCACAGUUUAAUUAUGAUUAAGGAAAACAAAAUAAUGAGUAAUAUACAGUACUGUACCUAACAUGCUGGCUGUACUUGUGUAUAUCGGUACAUAAACUAACAAGAAUUA